GCACUUUCUAUCUGUUGAUGUCAAACCAGUGUCCCACACCGUGAUGCAGUAGGAAAGGACACUUUCUAUUGUGGACCGGUAGAAGGAGAUCAUCAGAUGUUGAUUGACAUCGUUCUUCCGCAAUACUCUGGGGAGAUGGAGUCUCUGUUGGGCUUUCUUAACCACCUGGGUUGUAUUGAUUUUCCAAGAUUUGCUAGCACUUCUCAUUAGGACAAACAGAACUGGGCAGAAGACCAAUCUUCCGAUCUCUUGGAGGCUUCCUGAGAGCCCAGAUGGAUGAGCUAGAGUCAGCUGGCCCUGAAGCAGGAAGAGACCAUGCCAUCGAAACUGAGAGCAGCGGGGGAUUAUGGGAAAUCUCCGUUCAAAAGAUCCUGGGUGAAGAGGACACCCUCCACUCAGAUGUACAGAGCCAGCGGUUCAGGCAGUUCUGCUACCAGGAGGCCGAAGGACCCCGAGAGGUUUGCAGCCGACUCUACCACCUUUACUGUCAGUGGCUGAAGCCAGAAAAGCACACGAAAGCUGAGAUGCUGGACCUGGUGAUCUUGGAGCAGUUCCUGGCUGUCCUUCCACCGGAGAUGGAGAGCUGGGUAAGGGAAUGUGGAGCAGAGACCAGUUCCCAGGCGGUGGCCCUGGCCGAAGGAUUCCUCCUGAGUCAGGCAGAGGAGAGGAAGCAGGCAGAGCAGCAGGGAACAGUCAUCCUUGCAGAAAUUGACCCUGAUUCCUCUGAGGCAGAGAGGACUGCAUUGGACUCCAGAGAGACACCCCUGGGUGACAGAAGGAUGCUGGCAAGACCUGCUUAUCCAUCUUUUCAUGGUGGCAAAGGAGUAGCAGCCGCUGUGGAACCAGAUCAGGGUCCAGUGUGCUUUGAAGAUGUAGCUGUUCAUUUCACAGAUGAGGAAUGGGCAUUGCUGCUUCCUGACCAGAGAGCUCUGCAUAAAGAAGUUAUGGGGGAGAAUCGUGAGAUCAUGGACUCGCUUGAUAAUGAUGACUUGGAAAUUAAGAACGAGGGAGACCACGACAUCAUCCACACAGUGGAAAAGACAUAUCAAUAUUCAGAGUUUGGACAGAGCUACAGUCAGAGUUCCCAUUCCACUUCCCAUCAAAUAAAUCCCAUUUGGAAGAAACUGUAUCAGUGCUUGGAAUGUGGAAAGAACUUCACUUGGAAGAAAAGUCUCACGUCUCAUCAAAGAAUUCAUACAGGGGAGAAACUAUAUUACUGCUUGGAAUGUGGAAAGACCUUCAGCGAGAGGGGCAAGCUCACGGCCCAUCAAAGAAUUCAUACAACAGAGAAACCAUAUCAGUGUUUGGAAUGUGGAAAAAGCUUUAGUGAGAGGGCCAAUCUCAUUUCCCAUCAAAGAAUUCAUACAGGGGAGAGACCUUAUCAGUGUUUGGAAUGUGGAAAGAGCUUCAGUCAGAGCACUCAUCUCACUUGCCAUCAAAGAAUCCACACUGGGGAGAAGCCCUAUCAGUGCUUGGAAUGUGGAAAAAGCUUCACCUGGAAGAAAAGUCUCACAUCCCAUCAAAGUAUUCAUACAGGGGAGAAGCCCUAUCCGUGCUUGGAAUGUGGAAAAAGCUUCAGUGAGAUGGGCAAGCUCACAGCCCAUCGAAGAAUUCACAAUGGGGAAAAAGCAUAUCAGUGCUUGGAAUGUGGAAAGAGCUUCAAUAAAAGCGCCAAUCUCACAUCCCAUCAAAGAAUUCAUACAGGGGAGAAACCAUAUCAGUGCUUGGACUGUGGAAAGCGGUUCAGUCAGAGUGCCAAUCUCACAACCCAUGAAAGAAUUCAUACAGGGGAAAAACCCUACAAGUGCUUGGAAUGUGGAAAAAACUUCAGAGAGAGGGGCAAUCUCACGUCCCAUCAAAGAAUUCACAGUGGGGAAAAACCAUAUCAGUGCUUGGAGUGUGGAAAGAGUUUCAGUAAGAGUGCCUAUCUCACGUCCCAUCAAAGAAUUCAUACAGGGGAGAAACCCUACCAGUGCCUGGAAUGUGGAAAGUGCUUCACCUGGAAAGAAAGUCUCACUUCCCAUGAAAUGAUCCAUACAGGGGAGAAACCCUAUCAGUGUUUGGAAUGUGGAAAGAGCUUCAAUAAGAGCACCUAUCUCACAUCCCAUCAAAUAAUUCAUACGGGGGAGAAGCCAUAUCAGUGCUUGGAAUGUGGAAAGACCUUCAGUCGGAGCACCAAUCUCACGGCUCAUCAAAGAAUUCAUACAGGGGAGAAACCAUAUCACUGCAUGGAAUGUGGAAAGAGCUUUACCUGGAAAGAAAGUCUCAUUUCCCAUCAAAUAAUUCAUAAAGGCGAGAAACCAUUUCAGUGUAUGGAAUGUGGAAAGAGUUUCAGUGAGAGUGCCCAUCUCACCGCCCAUCAGAUAACUCAUACAAGGGAGAAACCCUAUCAGUGCAUGGAAUGUGGAAAGAGCUUCUGUAAGAGGGCCAAUCUUACUUCCCAUCAGAGAAUCCACACUGGGGAGAAACCCUAUCAGUGCUUGGAAUGUGGAAAGAGGUUUAAUACAAGCACAAACUUCCGUCGACAUCAAAGUAUUCACCGUGGGGAGAAACCAUAUCAAUGCUUGGAAUGUGGAAAGAGCUUCAGCCAGAGCACCCAUCUCACUUCCCAUCACAGAACUCACAGAAGAGAGGAACAAUAUCAUUUCUCGUAAUGUGGAAACAGCUUCAGUCAGAACAUCAAUCUCAUGACCCAUAAAAUAAUUCAUACAGGGGAGAAACCAUAUCAAUGCUUCUAAUGUGCUAAGAGCUUCAGUCAGAGAAUCCAUCUUACUUACCAUAAAAGAUCUUCCAGAGGAGAGAAUCAUAAAAUUGUAGCGAUCAAUCGACCCUGAGGUUCAUUUACCCCAAUCCCCUCAAGGCUGGAAUCUCAGCUAAAGUAUCUCAGACAGAUGGCCACCCGAUCCUUCUGUGGGAAUUCCCUUCCAUUGUUGAAUAGCUAUUAUGGUAUUGUCUAAGUUCUUGUCUGAUGUUUAGUUGGAAUCUCCUUUAUUGUUACUUUAAUCCAUGUCUUCAGGUCCUGCUCCUGGAGCAAGAGAACACAAGUUUUCUCCAUCUUCCAUGUGACAGCCCUUUUGACCUUAGAAGAUGGCUAUUGUAUCUCUCUUGGGCUCCAUUUGUAUGUAAAGUUGUAUGCACCUGUAUCAAAGUAAUUCAUAAUAAGUAUAAUAUAACAGUAGAUUUAAGGUACUGUUAGCUAGGGAGGUGGGGCAGAGUAAGUUUGGAAUGCUGGGGUGAGAGGUGAUUGGCUGAGUUUCAAAGGAGGUUUGAAUAAAUACGCUGUCCGAAAAAUAGUCAUAAACAAUGAAUGAAACAUUAAAAAUAUACAAUCAAGCUCAACAGUUUCUACAACAAUUGCAACAAGAUCUAAAAUAAAUAUACAAGAGGGAAAAAAGUAACAGCAACAGCCUCCCCACCCCAAAAUCCCUACGCCCCAGAGCCUGUUCAGCAGGCUCAGCCUUUGCAGCUGGAGUCAGUCCAUCAGUCUGGGCCCUCCCAGGCCAGGUGGAAAAAGGCCUACAAGGCUGAGAACAGGUCUUCUGGAGAUGGCCAAGAUGGUCUCUGGCCUCUUCAGUAGAGACGGUUGGAGGGUGGAGUGGAGGGUGAGAGGGGUGGUUGUUGUGGAGCAACCUUGGUUAAAUUAGGAAUAGAGGAACAGCAUUAUAAUACCUGUUGUUACAGUUGUAAUAGUGACAAAAAUGGAAAUGGG